GGUUUUGCAUAUGUUUCAGUGUUUGUGUGAACUUCUGUCAAACACUGAACGUCCACCUAACUGACAUCAUCAUUCACUCUGCGGCUUUUAAAGUAUCCAGAACAUUUUUUACGCAGAUAUUUGUGUAAUGUCUUAGACAAAAUAAAGUUCUCGGUAAAGCUGGAAUAUUUGUCUAAAUUUAAAGAUACAACUCAAUUUUUAGUUUUAGAGUUUAUUGAUAAUAUAAACCAGUUAAAAUGAAGGAAAGUCAUGUUUGGAAUUAUUUGAUGAUUUUCUUAUCCAUUGUCACGUGUGUCUCAUCUCAGACCGAAGGCAGGAACAGAAAUGGCCUCUCAUCCGUGUCUGCUUCAAAUGACGAGGAAGCUGAACUGGCAGGUCUUAAAGAUUUCCUGACUGACUUGAAAGCCAACAGUUCGAACCAAAAGACGACCGUCGUGCCCAAAACAACAGCCGCUAAAGGUAUCGAAGAUGACCUCGGGUCAGGCCCCUUGGCUAAAGUGGACGAACAGGAGGAUACAACAACAUCCACUGUCGCCUCAGUAACAACUACACGUAAAACGCCACAGUUCCAGCGCCCAACAACCAGCGUCAGACCUGCAGGUAAAGCAAGUGCUGGCUCCAACGACACGUCAAAAGACGAUGACAAGGCAUCACCGGGCCAGUUGUACGGUAACAAAACGAACUCCCUGUCUGGUGUCAUGUCAGAUGACAACACCGCUUGGGGCAACACAACACGUAACAACAGCUUCACCACCAUCAGGACUACAACAACAGAUCAGGAUAAUUCUACAACAGCUCAGGAUAAUCCUGAAUUCGCUGCCCUGCUUGAAGAUGGGGACAACACCACCAAACCAAUCGCCGUGUCAUCCACUGGACCAGAGGACGCUGCAAUAUCCAUGGUCGCUGACAACUGCCUCGUUUUGGUCUCAGCCUUGGCGGUCACGGUGACCCUGCUCUAUGCUCCAGUGUAAGGCUGCAACAAUCAACCCAGCAAGUUGUAGCGACAAAUUUUUAUGUGAUUUGUUUCGUAAUUUUUCUCUUUUAUAUUUUAUUUAUUCGAAUUAAA